AUGGACGUGAGGCUGCCGGAGCAGAUGAAGUUUACGGGAAAUAUAAGCGAAAAUUUCAAGUUAUUUAAACAAAAUUUUGAAAUUUUCUUACUGGCCAGAGGGAAACAAGAAGUACAAGAUGAAGUAAAAGUAGCUUUGUUGUUAAAUUGUAUGGGUCAAGAGGCGAUAAAUGUCUACAAUACGUUUUCACUUAAUGAAGCUGAAAAGAAACAAUACAAGAAGGUCAUAGACGAGUUUGGGAAAUAUUGCAAUCCGAAAAAAAACGUUAUAUAUGAAAGAUAUAUGUUCUUCUCACGUAAACAAGAAGAGGGUGAAGGGAUCGACAAAUUUGUGACAGAUCUGAAGAAACUAGCGGAAAGCUGCGAGUUCAAUGAGCAAAAAGACUCGCUAAUAAGAGACAGGAUUGUCUUGGGAAUCACAAAUUUGAGACUACAAGAAAGAUUGUUGACUCGUGAAGACUUAAAUUUAGAAAAAGCAAUAAACGAAUGUCGAGUUGCUGAAAUAUCAAAGCUUCAAAUUGAUGAAGUGCAGAAAGAUCAAAAGCAAGUAUAUGGACUCAGAAAAGAAGAGAGAAGAGGAUACGAAAAAGAAAAGAAGCUGAAGAAAAAUGAAGGUAAUAAGUUUGAUUGUAGGAAAUGUCUCUCGAAGCAUGGACCAAAACAGUGCAAGGCAUAUGGGCAGAAGUGUUUUAAGUGUGGCCUAGUCAAUCAUUUUGCAAAGGCAUGUACCAGGAAACCUGUCAAGAAAGAGGUUAAGGAGGUAUCAAAAGAAAAGGGUGAUGACAAUAUAGAUACAGGUAGUGAAGUAGACAUUUUACCAUUAAAAUUAUAUAAGAGUCAUUUAAAUGAUAAGAAAUUAGAGUCAUGUAAUAUCAUACUUGAAGCAUAUGGGGGGUUUAAAAUCAAACCUAUUGGCCAGAUAACUGUUAAUACUUUUAAUGACAAGUUAAAAGAAAAAUUAAAGUUAGUAGUCGCCGAUGUUAAGUCUGAGCCAAUAUUAGGUUUGAAAACUUCUAAUAUGCUAGGUUUUAUUAAAAGCAUAGAUUCAGUAGUGUCUAGUAAAGAAUUGUUUAUUCAAAAUAAUAAGUCAAUUUUUACUGGUGUAGGUAAAUGUCCUCAAAAGUGUUCGAUAAAGCUUAAAAAGUGUUGUCAACCUGUAGCACAUCCAGCAAGGAGAGUACCAUUAGCAAUUAAGGAGGAGUUAAGAAAAACAUUGAAUGAGCUAGAACAGACAGGUAUAAUUAGCAAAACAGAUAGUCCAGGAGAUUGGGUAAGCAAUCUUGUUAUAAUCGAGAAAUCUAAUGACAGUUUACGGCUAUGUUUAAAUCCUCAGGAUUUGAACAAGGCCAUACAAAGAUUUUUUUAUACUAUUCCCACAAUAGAGGAUAUAAGUUCAAAAUUGUGUAAUAAAAGUUGGUUUACUGUAUUAGAUUUCAAGGAUGGUUUUUAUCAAGUUGAAUUAGAUCACAAAUCAAGUGAGUUGUGCACGUUCAGUACAGUGUUUGGUUGCUAUAAAUUUUUGAGACUACCCUUUGGGCUUACUAAUGCUCCUGAGUAUUUUCAAAAAGUAAAUGAGGAAAAUUUUAGGGAUAUAGAAGGUGUUAUAAUUUAUUCUGAUGAUUUGUUAAUAGCAGCAAAUACUGAACAAGAGCAUGACGCUAUACUGAAAAAGGUGAUAGAAAGAGCACAAAUGCUAAAUAUAAAAUUUAAUCAAACAAAGUUACAGUAUAAAGUAAACGAAGUAAAUUACGUUGGACAUGUUUUUUGCAAAGACGGAAUGAAACCGAGUAAAGAUAGAUGGAAUCAAAAACAUACAGAAGUAUUAAAUAAAUUAAAAGACAUACUAGCUAGUGAUCUUGUACUAGGUACAUUUCAAAGUGAUAAACCUAUAGUUAUUCAGACAGAUGCGUCAAAAGAUGGAUUGGGUUGUUGCUUAAUGCAGAACAAACCAAUAUCUCAUGGUUCAAGGUCACUAACAGCAGCUGAAAAGAAUUAUUCACAGUGUGAAAAAGAAUUGCUUGCUGUGGUAUUUGCUGUAAGUAAAUUUCAUCAUUUUAUUUAUGGCAGAGAUGUCAAAAUUAUAACUGAUAAUAAACCAUUGUUGGGAAUAAUGAAAAAAGACUUAAGCAAAGUACCAUCACCAAGGUUACAAAGACUCAAGUUGAAACUAAUUAGAUAUAAUCUAAAUUUUGAAUAUUGUUCAGGUAAACAUAUGUAUAUUGCUGAUUUGUUGUCAAGGUCAUAUAUUAAAGAUGAAGUACAAGAUGAUCCAGAUAUGAAAGAGAUAGUGCAUAGUAUUGAGAAGAAUUUUAGUAUAUCUGAGAAGAGAAGAGCUCAAUUUGAGAAAGCUAUACAGCAUGAUAGUGACCUAAGUAAGUUAAUAGAGUAUAUAAAAAAUGGAUGGCCUAAAUAUUUUAAGAUGAUACCAAAUUCUUUAAGACCAUACUGGCAAUAUCAAAAUGAUAUAACAUUAUCAAAUAACUUAUUAUUAUUAAAGGACAGAUUGAUAGUUCCAAGAACAUUAAUACAAGACAUGUUAGAUCUUUUACAUGAAACACAUUUUGGAAUGACAAAGACCAAACAAAGAGCCAAAGAAAUGUUAUAUUGGGUAAAUAUGAAUGCUGAGAUAGAAAAGUUAAUAAGAAAUUGUCAAAUUUGUGAGAGAUAUUCACCAAAACUCUGUAAAGAACCAAUGAUACCACAUGAGAUACCUAAUAGACCAUUUAAAAAAGUUGCUAGUGAUAUAUGUGACUAUGGAGGCAAAAGUUAUCUGAUUCUCAUGGAUUAUUAUUCAAAAUGGCUAGAGAUUAAACAAAUGAAAGGAAAAACAUCAUAUGAUGUGAUUAAUGCACUGAAAGAGAUAUUUUCAAUACAUGGUAUACCUGAUGAGUUAAUUUCAGAUAACAUGCCAUACAACUCAUAUGAAUGCAGACAGUUUGCCAAGCAAUGGAAUUUCAAAAUAUGCACAAGUAGUCCUCAUUACCCCAAGUCCAAUGGACUUGCAGAGAAAGGUGUUGGAAUAGCAAAAAUGAUGCUUCGUAAAGAUCAAGAUUUAAUGUUAAGCUUGCUAAAUUAUCGCACUACUCCUAUUGUAGGGCUGAACCUGACUCCUUCACAAUUGCUAAUGGGACGAAACUUAAAAACUAAAAUCCCUAUUGAUGAAAAUAAAUUGUUACCAAAUAGUUAUAAUAAUUCUAAUAUUAAAAAUGAGAUUUGUAGGAAAAGAGAGUUAGAUAAAAAAUACUAUGAUUUAAAUUGUAAAGUUCGGAACAGUUUUAAUGAAGGCCAAUUUGUUGUGAUUCAGAAUCAAAAUAAUAACGAGUGGGAGGCAGGUCAGAUUGUUAAACCUGUUCCUGACUCACCUAGGUCUUAUAUUGUCAAAGACUCAAGAGGCGCUAUUGUACGUAGAAAUAGUUCCCAUUUAAAAAGUUCUGAAAGUGGUUCAGUGAUUGAUCAAAAUACUUGUGACAGUGCGGAUCAAAACUGUGAUAGUUCAUCCGAGAUAGUGUCCUUACAUCAAGAAAAUGAGCGUCCAAAAAGACAAAUUAAAAAUCCGGUUAAAUUUAAAGAUUACCAAUUAUUUUAA